CGGGAGAUGCUCCCCGCGUUCUAUUCCGCCCCGCCAUGGCGCACCCACCAAACGUUGUGACCUCUCCCCCCUGCGGUCUCCCCUCCCCCGGACGCUGCCCCUGCCCCCACCUGUGGCGCUCCGGGCAUCUCUAAAGCCCCCAACCAGAGUCCUCCAACCCACCCGCGAGGCUCCCGCACCAGCAACGAGGCCCCACCAGCAGGGACCCAGCCCACCGGUGGCGGUACCCCCGCAUCUGCGGCCUCCCCCACCGCUAGCGCGGCCCCCACAUACGACGACUCCCGCGUAGGUGCUCUGCCCACACCCACCACCACCCCCCGCCAGCCUCUGUGCUUUCCCUCCCCUUUCCCUGCUCCUGCCCGGAGCCGCGCCCCCGCACCCGCAGCCCCUCCCGUGCGCCCGGCCCCGCCCGUCACCGCCCAUCGGCGCUGGCGCCGAGGGGGGCGCGGGCGGGGCAGCAGUUCGGAGUCCGUUGCGCCGGGGUCCCCAUUGCCUGCCACGCACCCGGACUACCGACUCCCCUUGGCCUCCUCGCCAUGGACGUGGACGACUCCCGGGCCUGCAAGGGCUCCUUGCGGAAGUUCCUGGAGCACCUCUAACCGGCAACGCCAUCGGCGUCCUGACCAGCGGCGGGAAUGCUCAAGAUCAGCCUCUGUGAACUCGGUGCUUCUCCUGGCAAGUAAACCCCAAGGAGGACUGACCAGUUCUUGAAUUUCUAUACCAUGGCCCUUCGAUCAGUGAUGUUCAGUGAUGUAUCCAUAGACUUCUCUCCGGAAGAGUGGGAAUACCUGGACUUGGAACAGAAGGACUUGUACAGAGAUGUGAUGUUGGAGAACUACAGCAACUUGGUCUCACUGGCAGGAUGCUUCAUUUCUAAACCAGAUGUGAUUUCCUUAUUGGAACAAGGAAAAGAGCCUUGGAAAGUUGUGAGGAAAGGAAGAAGACAAUAUCCAGAUUUGGAGACCAAGUAUGAAACCAAGAAGUUAUCUUUAGAAAAUGACAUUUAUGAAAUAAAUUUAUCCCCGUGGAAGAUAAUGGAAAGAAUUAAAAAACAUGGCCUUAAGGGUCUCAUUUUAAAACAUGAUUGGGAAUCCACAGGAAAAAUGGAAGGACAGGAGAGACCUCAAGAAGGAUACUUUAGUAGCGUGAAAAUGCCAUCUGAAAAGGUGUCCUCUUACCAGAAACGCACAUCUGUUACUUCACAUCAGAGACUUCAUUUUGUCGAUAAACCCUAUGAAUGUAAGGAAUGUGGGAAGGCAUUCAGAGUGCGCCAACAGCUUACUUUUCAUCACAGAAUUCAUACUGGUGAAAAACCCUAUGAAUGUAAGGAGUGUGGGAUGGCCUUCAGACAGACCGCACACCUUACUCGACAUCAGAGACUUCAUUCUGGUGAAAAACUCUAUGAAUGUAAGGAAUGUGGGGAAGCUUUCAUAUGUGGUGCAGAUCUUAGAGUACAUCAGAAAAUGCAUAUUGGUGAGAAGCCCUAUGAAUGUAAAGAAUGUGGGAAGGCUUUUAGGGUACGAGGACAACUUACUCUGCAUCAGAGGAUUCAUACUGGUGAGAAACCCUAUGUGUGUAAAGAGUGUGGAAAGGCCUUUAGACAGUACGCACACCUGACUCGGCAUCAGAAGCUUAAUAGUGCUGACAGGCUCUAUGAGUGCAAAGAAUGUGGGAAGGCCUUUUUGUGUGGCUCUGGUCUUAGAGUACAUCACAAACUUCAUACUGGUGAGAAACCCUAUGAAUGUAAGGAAUGUGGAAAGGCCUUUAGAGUGCGGCAACAACUAACACUGCAUCAGAGAAUUCACACUGGUGAGAAGCCCUAUGAAUGUAAGGAAUGUGGGAAGACCUUCAGCCGUGGUUAUCAUCUUAUUCUCCAUCACAGAAUUCAUACUGGUGAAAAACCUUAUGAAUGUAAGGAAUGCUGGAAAGCCUUUAGUCGCUACUCACAACUUAUUUCACAUCAGAGUAUUCAUAUUGGUGUUAAGCCCUAUGACUGUAAGGAAUGCGGGAAGGCCUUUAGACUACUUUCACAACUCACACAGCAUCAGAGUAUUCAUAUUGGUGAGAAACCCUAUAAAUGUAAGGAAUGUGGCAAGGCCUUUAGAUUGCGCCAAAAACUUACUCUACAUCAGAGCAUUCAUACUGGUGAAAAGCCCUUUGAGUGUAAGGAAUGUAGGAAGGCCUUUAGGCUUAAUUCAUCCCUUAUUCAACAUCUGAGAAUUCAUUCUGGUGAGAAACCCUAUGAAUGCAAGGAAUGUAAGAAGGCCUUUAGGCAACAUUCACACCUUACUCAUCAUCUGAAAAUUCAUAAUGUAAAAAUCUAAGAAAGUCUUUUCAACUUCUGUGUAAUAGAACAUUCUAUGAAUGUAGUAAUUAAUCUUUUUUGCUCCAUACAUGCAACUGACUUGGCAUUAGAGAUUUUAUACCAUUAAAAGAGUGUGAUAAUGUAUUGUAUUCCAUCAUCACUCAAACCUGAAACUUCAGCACAUUUGUUCUAAAAACUAAUCCUGUUAUAAGAGUGAGAAAGAUACUUAUCGUCAUCCCUAUCCCAUCACUUUGUGUCAUACUGGACAAGACGCUUAACUGCUCUGUGCUUUAAUUUUUUUAUUUAUGAAAUGGUCAUAUAAGAGUGCAGCAAUUUGACACUCUUUCAAUCAAGAGGUGGGAUUUACAUCCCUCUGUUGUAUAUAGGCAGACUCUGUGACUACUUCGCCCCGUAGAAUAUGGUAGAUGUAUUGCUGUGCUGGUUUCUUGACUCAGACUUUACUGGUAGAGUUACUUCAUCUCAUGAAAUGAGAGAACUGUCAUGUUACAGAGUCUGGCUACUUUGCUGAAGAGACCACAUGAAGAGACCCUGAAACUAUGUAGAGAGGGAGAGGCACCUGCUGAACCCUGUCUUCUUGACAUCCGCCAAGAUACCAGACAUUUGAGUGAAAUUUUGGAUCCACCAGACCAGCCACCAGCUAAAUGCCACUGAGUGACUUGGUAACAUCAACUGAUGCCAUGUAGAAUGGAAGAAUUGACCAGCUGAGCCCCUGCCCAAAUUUCUGACCCACAAAAACAUGAGAGAUAAUAAAAUGGUUGUCAUUUUAAGACA